AGGUUUGUGUAUACGGUACGGCAGAGAAUUACCAAGAUAUGGCAGAAUCAUGAAUCUCACAACUCAGAAGCUGGUCGCAGCUGGCGAAACAUCCGAGAGGGGGCAAACUGGAAGAUGCCACAUUCGUCAGUCUCUACUGCCUUACAAAGCAUUUAACCUUUUUCUCUUCGGCUCGUUUGGAUGUAUUCUACCCUACAUGUCCAUUUAUUUCAAACAACUUGGAUUCAACCCGUUUAUGGUUGGCUUACUCAACGCUGUGCGCCCCUUGGCGGGUUUUGCUAUCUUACCGUUUAUCUCGGUCAUCGCUGACAGAUUCCAAUGCCGUAAACUCGUCUCGAUCUCGGGCGUUGUGAUCGGAGCUGUGGCGGUGUUACUGAUUUCCAUAACGUCACCUGCACCGGAGGCACCAUGUGAUGUGAUGGAAAAACAGAUACACGACUUUCUUCAUCUCAAUAUAAGUCUCCCGUACGAGGACAGCCAGCAGCCUUUGGAUUAUUUAGGCACGUCAGGUGACAUUGUUUUAUUUAAGAAUGUCGUGUUAGGGAAUAGUAAUUUAGACCCACCCACGACGAUGUUAAAACGACAAAUUGGACCAGACAAUAAUAUCUCAGCCAAACAAACACACCAAUUUCCCGAGUCUGUGGAAACAAUUCUACUGUCUGAUCAGAGUUGGUUGUUCGACCAAGAUGGCCUUUACCGAAUUUUCUGGGUACUUUUGAUUCUGUCGAGCUUUGUAGAUGUUUCAAUGCUCUCGUCGGCUGGACAAUGCGACACGGCCGCAUUGGAUACAUUGAGAAAUGAAGUUGGUCACGCCGAUGACUUUGGAUGGCAGCGCGGUUAUGGUUCCAUGGGAUUUGGACUUGGUUCACUUUUUGGAGCCCUUCUUCUGAACUCAACCCAUACUGUCAAGAUAAGCUGUGGCAUUAAACACACAGUUGCCAGCUAUUGGACCUGCUUUGCAAGUGCUAUCGUUAUCAUCCUUGGCGCAUUUAUAACUUUGUUUUACUUCAAAUUUCCGAAAUAUAAAGAAGAAGCACCUAGCAGUUCUAAAUGGGCGGAGAUAAGGCAAGUGAUCUUCAGCUGGCACUAUGGCUCAGUCAUCUUCAUGAUCUUUAUUGUUGGAAUAGCACACGGCUGUAUAUGGGGAUUUCUAUUCUGGCAUCUAGAAAAUCUUGGUGCAACACAUAGUCUACUUGGCAUGCUCGGUAUCCUGUUCAGUGUAUCCGAGUUUGGUUUUACUUUUUUUAGUAGCUGGGCUAUUAAUAAGUUUGGCCACAUCCCACUGAUGACUAUUGGUCUGCUGGUGUUCGUCUUUCGCUUCCUCUACUAUGGUUUAAUCACUGUGCCUUGGAUGAUGGUAUUGAUCGACAUCUUUCAUGGUGUGAGUUUCGUUGUGACAUGGACCACAUGUUCGUCCUACCUGGGAGAGGCUGUACCAUUAGAAUGUGGUGGGACAAUGCAAGGAAUUAUUAUCUCUAUGCACCAAGGUCUGGGUGCAGGAACUGGCUAUCUGAUCUCGGGGCUCAUAGUGGACAGUUAUGGUGCGCAAACAACCUUCCUGCUGUAUGCUGCAGUGUGUGCUAUUGUCCUUAUAUGGUUUGUCGUCAUUCAAGUGAUGUUUCCAAAACCAGCACCGCCAUGGAGAGAUGAUGAAGAUGAGCAAACUCAAGAACAAGAAACUCUAGAAAAACCUGCCAGUCCAUCAAGAAAAGACUACGAUCAACUCACACUCAAACUACCUCCAUUCCAGAUGGAAACAACAGCAAUUAAUCAACAAAAAUAAGAGAAUAAGAUUACUCAUUACAUGUACUGCCCUUCACCACCAAUAAAGCAUAGGGCCCAAUUUCAUAGAGCUGCCAAGCACACAAAUUCGCUUAGCAUGAAAUUUCAUCUUUGAUAAAAACAGGAUUACUAACCCAAUUUCCGUUUGUUGCAUAUUGCUUUCUACUGGUUGGUAGUCCUAUUUUUAUCGAGAUAGAAAUUUCAUGCCAAGCAAAUUUUUGUGCUUAGCAGCUCUAUGAAAUUGGGCCCUGUAGUGACCCCUUGUUCUAAUGCCACCCUUAGGGUCACCUCACACGAGCCAACUUUUACAGGCAACUUGGAGGCAACCAACUGGCAAAAUGCAAACUAACAUUAUAUGCUGAAUUGAUGAUAUUAUGGUUUUUACAUUAUGGGAAGGUUAAAUUACAUGAAUUUUGAUUCUUAACUUUGGGAUAAAUAUGUAAACUAACCUACGAGAAGAAGAGAAUUUUUGUGGUAUUGUUCCCACCAGGGACAAUUGGGUCUCUUUUCUAAUAGUAUUAAAUGAGGUUGUUGUAAUUGUGUA